AUGAAACGACCUUUGAGCCAGAAACAACAAAUCAAGGUGGCCUACAAAGGCCUGACUCCAGCCUACCGACGCCAACUGGAUAGACUGCAGUUCGAGUCAUUGAGCCGGAUGGAGAAGAUCCUAAGGAACUACGAGAAGGCAAAGGACUUGGACGAAAGAUAUGCCCCGCCCCCACCUAAGGAAAAGAUGCGUUUUCCGUCAGCGGCCGUAAAAGAAAGGAAGAGUGGACACAAACACGUAAAGAGCGAAAAAGUGGCCGCCUUGGAGAAAGAGCCUGAGUCGAGUAAAAGCGAUCACUCCACAAAAGCCGAUAAGCCGAAGAAAAAGAAGAAGAGCCCAAAAAGUAAGAAAGAGAAAAACAAGCCAGAAGAAAAGAGUGUUGAGGCCAUCAGUCCAGCAACACCGAAUCAGAAGCCAGCAAUGGUCCAGGGUCAAGUUGUCAGUACAGCGCCACCACCAGCAGUACAAAUGCCAAUACAAUUCGCGUACCCAAUGGUUUAUCCAGGGAUGUUUCCACCUGGAAUAAAACCAAAUUACCCCAGGCCAAAUGGUUCUAAAGGACCCAAGCCGGGGCAACAUGGUACACAAGCCCAAAAUACCACUAAAGAAUUCGUCGGGGCAUGUUUCCACUGCCAGACAGUAGGACACCGAGCCAAAGACUGCCCGCAGAGAACUUGUUUCUCUUGUCAACAACAAGGACAUUACGCCAAUCAAUGUCCUCUGAAGCUAGUACAAUCACAAGCGUGUUUAGUGUGCAAAAGACCGGGGUGCAAUUUCCUAAACUGCCCAAACUGUAUGGCAGUAAGAGCCGCGAUGGGAAACGGUAUAUGGGGGGCACAGAACAGCGCUGUACCCCCCUCCAAUAAAAUCGGACAAUAG